AUGUCGGGAAUCAAGCUUCACGAACGAACAGACGUUAUCAAAGGUCCCGACAUCGUGGAAGCAUCCGAGUCGAAAAUAGAGGAUCUCGACCGCAUCCUACUAGACGGCAACGACAACACGAAAAAGGCUUAUAUCGGGCACAACCUCUCGGAACCAGAUAUGCCAGGUAUCCGGAAGGACAUCGCCACGCACAAACUGAAUGUUGACCCCCUCUACCCGCUAGUGCAGCAAAUAAGGAGGAAGUUCAACGCUGCAAUCAACGAUGUCGUCAGCAAAGAAGUCGACAAGUUGCUCGCAAACGGCUCCAUCCGAGAGUCAAAAUAUCCCCAGUGGGUCGCCAAUGUGGUCAUGGUAAAGAAGAAAAACGGAAAGUGGCGGAUGUGUGUAGAUUUAAUAGAUCUAAACAAGGCCUGCCCAAAAGACUCCUUUCCAUUGCCAAACAUCGACCAACUCAUCGACGCAAUAGCAGGACACGAGUUGCAAAGCUUCUUGGAUGCCUACUCGAGUUACAACCAGAUCCUCAUGGAGGAAGAAUACCAGGAGAAAACUACUUUCAUCACUCACCAAGGAACAUACUGCUAUAAGGUACAAAAACUGACAGGUCGGAUAGCUGCCCUGUCAAGAUUCAUCUCAAGAUCGUCAGAUAGGUGUCAUAAGUUUUUCAGUGUGCUGAAGAAAGACAACGGGCUCCAGUGGAAUUCGGAGUGUGUCGAUGCCCUGAGAAAACUGAAAACCUAUUUGUCCUCACCACCGCAACUUGCCAAGGCAGAACCGGGUGAAUGCCUCCUUGUCUAUCUAGCCGUCUCCGAAGUCGCGGUAAGCGCAGUUUUGGUCUGUGAGAGCAAAGGUACGCAAUCUCCGAUUUACUAUAUCAACAAAACUUUAGUUGACGCUGAAAUGAGUGCGGAAAUACUGUCGGAGGUCAAACAAGAAGCGCUUCGCGCUUCUCCUGGGCGACACGACCUUUGGGUCCUCUACACCGACGGCGCAUCCAAUGCGUCGGGAUCUGGGCUGGGACUCGUACUCAAAGUCCCAAUGGGCGAAGUGAUUCACCACUCCAUACGGUGCCCUGAAAUGACUAACAAUGAGGCCGAGUAUGAGGCCGUAAUUGCAGGACUGAAAUUGGCCCUCAAAUAUGGUGCACGACGAGUCGUCCUCCACUGUGACUCUCAAAUUCUCGUAAACCAAGUUACUGGGACUUUCCAGAUCAAGGAGCAGAGGCUACAGAAAUACCAGACCGAAAUCCACAAGAUGCUACCAAAAUUCGAUGAUUGCCGAUUCGACCAAAUACCACGAGCGCAAAAUAUCAAAGCAGACGAUCUCGCCAAGCUGGCAGCAGCAACUAAAAACAUCACCAAGGAGAAUGUGGUCACCCCCCUCCACUCAUCAAUAGACCAAGUCGAGGAAGUCAUCGCGUUCAUCUGGAAAAACAUCAUAUACCGAUUCGGCAUCCCCAAAGAAAUCAGUUGCGACAACGGACCUCAGUUCACCGUGAAAAAGACGACUGAAUUCUUUGUAAAAUGGCAUAUCAAGCGGAUACUCUUCAUAACAUAUCACCCCGUCGAAAACGGUCAAGUAGAAUCCUCCAACAAGACAAUAUUAAAUAUAUUAAAGAAAAAGCUCGAGGACGCCAAAGGGCUAUGGCCGGAACUGCUACAAGAAGUGUUAUGGGCCUAUCGCACAACGCCAAAAACUAGCACGGGUGAAACACCGUAUUCACUGGUUUACGGUACCGACGCAGUCAUACCCGUCGAGGUCGGUGAACCUAGCCUGAGGUACUCCAAUGAGAGUGGGCCCGAGGAAUGA